AUGAUAAUGGCUGAACGAAACGAAAUGAUGACAGAUGCUGAUUUAAUGGAUGCAAUUCAAGCGCUUGCUGAAAAAGAACCGAACGAUGAAGUGAAAGAAUUAUUGAAAAUGAUGAGUGAUAAUCGUAUAAUAAGUUGGGAAGAAGCGGAACAAGUUAUGAAUUGUAGUAAUUUUAAUGGUCCAAUUAAAUCCUCAUUACCACAACAAACACGACCAACAGAACCAGAUAAUGAUACUGAUGUGGAUUGGUCAAUACAACAAUUGCAAAUGGAUGAUCCUAAAUUGAAACAAGUUAAUUUAAAUAAUAUGAAACGUACACCAAUUCCACAAGUGAAACGACUUUUAUCAGCGAUAAAAAAUAAUACACACCUUGAGAAAAUUGCGCUUGCUAAUAUGGGUUUGUAUGAUAAUGAUUGUGAGCCUAUAUUUGAUGUGGUAGCAAGUAAUACAACAUUAAAAUCGAUCAAUUUGGAAACAAAUUAUCUUAGUGGUGAUUUCUUUGCACGCUUAUUUAAAGCUGCUUUAGUCAAUCAAACACUUGAAGAAGUGAAAGCUGUCAAUCAGGGUGUUACAUUUGCUACCACAGCUGAAAGAGAGAUUAUCGAUGCGGUAUUUGAAAAUAGAGGCCUAACAAAAGUAUCAAUAAAUCUUCGAUUACCGGAAGGUCGACAUAAAAUCGAAAAUGCAAUGAUUCGAAAUCAGGAAAUUAGAAGAAUACUAAGGCGGCAAGCAGCAAUUGCCGCUCGAGAAGCUGAAGAGGCACAACAAAUGAGAUUCGAGGAAAUUAACAAACCGAUUAUCACUACUAAACCAGAAAUGCAAUCCGGAAAGCCUCAACCGAUGAAACCUGCCAUUUUGGGAAGUGCAUCUGAAGUGUCAUCUGUAAGAAAAGAACCACCACAUUCUAAACCGGUUUUAGCCAGUGUUAUAAGUAUUUUCGAGAAGACAACUCCAGAUAUUAUCGGAAAUGCAAAAAAAACAUUACUUCCCACGGUUGCAAAUGACAGGAAAACUACUUCGGCUAUCCUUGAAGAAGGACCGAUUGCCGAUAAACAAGUCAAGAUAACAGAUGUUAUCAAUAGGACUGACACUCUUAAUGAGGUACUUGCAAAAGCAACCGCACCUGCCCAAUCAUCAUUACCUAUCGUUAAUUCGGUAAAAACAACAUCAAAAAAAGCCGGUCUUAAGAGAGCAUCUACAAUAGCAAAAACAAUUGAUACUAUAGAAACAGCACUUGAAAAAGAAAAACCAAAGAAAACUGUACGAAAGAAAAUCUCAUUGGAACAAGCAGUUCCGGAAAUAGAAUUAAAUACGGAAGAAGUAUUUAAAAAGACUUCCAUAUCAAAAAAAUCUUCACUUGUUGCAAAGGAAAAUUCGAUUCCUUCGGAAACAAAUGAAACGGCUACUUCGUUAUCCACAUUUCCAAUGACUACUUCAAAAUUGAAAAAUAAUUCAUGUAAUAAUUCAACAACAACAAAUAAUUUUGCAAUGUCAAAAGAAGAAACGACGAAUUCCACCGUACCGAUACGCAAUGAGCAUUUUGAUAAAAAACCGGUAAGAUUGAUGAAGAAUGCCCGAAGUUGCUCGUUAGUACCACCAAUUUUUCUUACUGAUGAACAGAAAAAUGAACCGGUAAAGAGGAAUUUCUCGAUCCGAUCAAAAAAGGAUUCAUUAGAGCAGGAGAAGAUUGCUGUAAAAUUUGAUGAACGAAACGAAUCCACAUUACGUUCCAAUCCAUUUAAUACACCAAUGCCGGUUUAUUCGCUAAAACGAGAAAACAAUUCGUAA